AUGACACCACUAGUGGAGCAAAUGACGGUUUUCAGGCGUAACAUUCCCGCACCAUCCCAAAUGGGGCCAUUCUUGGGGCGCAGUUCGUAUAUCGAUGACAUCGCGCAUGGGGCGGCCACGUGGGAUCAACUAUGCGGCGACCAGGAUGCGUUGGUCUAUCUGUUACGUGGAGUAUCUCAGUCAGUUUGCCUAAAAGCGUAUUCGGGAAAACGUGUCAUAUCGUACCUCUCUCACGAGAUUGGUGCUGAAGGGAUACGUGCUACCCCGAAAAUCGUGAAAUGUAUUCAGGAGCUACAAUUUCCGUCUACCCUGAUAGGAGUCCAGUCGUUCCUAGGCAGCCUGAAUUACUACCACAAAUUCAUUGAGGAUUAUGCCGUGGUAGCUGCUUCACUCUAUGAGUUGACAGAUGAUCAAGUGCGCGCCGGGCGAGACUUGUCUCGAACGAAGGAAUCCUUUGAGAUCCUGAAGAGGAAGAUGGUGUCUACACCUCAACUCAGACAUCCGGAUCGAACAAAACCUUUCGUGAUUAUCCAUCAUGCAAAUCCGUGA